AUGGGUAACUUUUUUUCAAAAAAGUUUACAAUGAAAUUCAUUUGCUUAUGUGUACCAGUAAUUGAAAUUACCAAUCCACAAAAUGGUACAAGCAAAGCUGUACCAUUGGAAUUAAGAUAUGGUAUUUUACCAAGAGAAUCAGUAUGUACAGAGAAUCUUACACCUUUACCAUGCCGUGAACAAAGUGGAAUUGGUAAACUUUUAGCACCAAAUAAACUCUAUGAUGUCCAUUACAAUUAG